AUGAUAGAAAGUGGAAUUACGUCCAGGAUGUCAGGAAUUCUAGAACAUUUAGGUCAUCAUCCCUCUCCACAAGACUACAGGUAAGACUGGAUUUGUGAAUUGUAAUGAUAUAAGGUUUUUGAUCAAUGUUGUAUCUUUGUAAAGUUGGCUACACUUAACAAAAAAUAUGAAAAUAUGAUUCAAAAUGUUCAGAUAUUUGUAUUUGUAUUUAUUAUGGAUCCCCAUUAGCUGCUGCCAAGGCAGCAACUACUCUUCCUGGGGUCCAACACAAUUAAGGCAGUUAUACAUUUUAAAAACAUUACAAUAAUUCAUAACAUAUUUCACAACAUAUUAAGUGUGUGCCCUCAGGCCUCUACUCUACUACCACAUAUCUAUAACACAAAAUCCAUGUGUACAUGUGUGUAAAGUGCGUAUGUUAUCGUGUGUUUGUGUGCAUGUGUCUAUGUUUGUGUUGCUUCACAGUCCCCGCUGUUCCAUAAGGUGUAUAAAGACAACUCCAAGAUAUGUUUUCCAAAAUCUCCCUAUACUGUAUUUUUAAUCCAACGGUAGACGGACAGCCCUUUCAGUGAAGGGAGGGGGUGUAUGAAAAAGGGGAAGGAAAAAACAGAAAGAAUAAAUGAUUUUGUCUGAAUUGAUCUGUCAGAAACCAUCAGCUCUGUUUACACUCCCGCUGCCGGCACACAGUGAGACUGAGCCUCUUGGCCCGCUGGCUCCAAGGGGGAGAUGGGGCUCUCCGGGUCACUAGCGAGGAGAAGUGGCUCUCAAUUAGAAGGAGGUGGGAGUGGGGUCUGUGUAGUAUUGAACCUCUGGGAAAGCUGGUGCGACUUGUGCUAGACGGGGGACACUAUAGAUGAACAUGCCAUGCCUCGUUGAACAUGCUCUUUAUUGUGGGUUAAGUGGGGGGUGUAAAGGGGAGGGGCAUCCUAAUUGCUGUACAAAUAUUUAUGGUGAUUGGCCUAGGCCUAGAGAUGCAUGAAUAAGCAUGAAGAAUGUGUUCUCAUGAGUUUUACAUAUAAAAUAUGUGUUAUAUAGGCUAUGACUGUUUCCAAUCGUGUUUAAAUGUUUUGAUCAAAUCCCACUAAUCGUUAAAGGGAUGUUCAUGUUCUACUCAAAUACAACCUAACAUGAUUUUUGUACCUUGGUUGUAGUCAAUUCCUCAUUCAUUUAGAAAAUGUGCCCAACACACCAUACAAACACCCAAAUCCUAUAUUACAAAUGUACCCUUUCUGAAGGUCGUGUCUGCAUUAGAUUUUUGAAAAGUUGCGUUAUCAUGUUAUAGGCCUAAUCCACUUGCAGAUUUUGAUUUGAUGCAACACAAUGACAACAUUCAAAAGUGGUUUGAACCCCAAUAAAGUUCAGACAUGUCCUUCCGGAAAGGAUACUACUGUAAUAUGAGUUGGAUUGGUCUGUUUGUAAGGUGUUUUAGACAUAUUUCAGAAUGUAUGGGGCCCUAUGUUAAUACUGACAAAACACAAUGACUAUCAAAUACCUAAGUAAAAUAAACAAAAUACAUAUCCCCAAAACUGUCUUGGUUAUCCGACUACAGCCAAGGUAAGUGGCAAAUCAUGUUAGGUUGUAUUGAGUUUAACAUCCCUGAAGACCAAAAUAGUAAUCUUGUUGGUAUAUGCUUCCAUUGGAACUAGUGCUCUCUAAAAUGUGUUUUACCUAUUUGGAUUUAGCCUUAACUCAGGGUUGCUGCUGGUGAGGCAAAUAUUUUUAGUUUUUUGUGUGUGUGUGUGUUUUUAAGAGAGAGAGAGAGAGCGCGAGCGCGCGUGUGUGUGUGUGUGUGUGUGUGUGUGUGUGUGUGUGUGUGUGUGUGUGUGUGCGUGUAAGUAGGCACGUGUGCAUGUGUCUUUUUUGGGGGGUAUGAGGAGCUCAUACUACAAAUCUCAAGUAGAAAUAGGUGUCUCUGGUGUUGUCUGUGGUGUUGUCUGUGGUGUAUAGUUUCACAGGAGCAUCUGUCACUCUGCUUUGAAAGGGACGGUUAUUCACAAGCCUUUACUAGCACAUGCAGUCAAGGUGUCCAAAACCUUGUGCCAAGGCAAAGCUCUGGGUGAAAUUAUGUAAUUUAUUCAGGUGACAGGCUGAGUGAGCAGUGUGGCCUGACCUCCAACAACCCCACCCUCCUCCCCCCAGGCCCCUAGGGCCCUGUCUACUGCCCUUCUGGGUGGAGGGAGGGGGGAUAGUGUGAGGGGAGAGGGUGGAAAGGGACAGGGAAGCAGAUGGCAUCCUAUUUGUCCCUCUUGUAUGAGGGCUGUCAUUCCAACAGAUUAAUGCAAGGGCUGGUAAAAAAAAAAAAAAAACGGCAGAGACAAUCAAGGAAGGGUCUGGGGGGAAACAAUAGAGCCACGUGCCACCGGACAGAUUUGUCGUUUGGGACACAAUAGGUGAUCAUUUUUCAAUAGACAAGGCCAACUGUUGCAGAGCGACAUGUGCCGCUCUCCCAUAUUUUCAAAUGAUCUCAUGCGCUGUUUACUUAUGAUUCAGCCAAUGGGUAGAGGGAGAUUGUAGUCACCUGAUGUAGGGGUGAUUUUGUUUGCAGUUGGGAUGGGGUGGGGAGCGGGGGAUCCUACAGUGUCCAGACCCACAAAGUAACUGAAUAGUGAGUGUUGUCAUAGCGACCCCAAUUACUGAAGUAUUCUACAGUAAGUGUGUGCAGAGACGACUGGAGAGGAUUCAAGAGGAUUCUUCUCUUUUCUCCCCGCAGAGCCCUCCUGUAUUAACAUAAAUAAUGAGCAAAAGCUGAUUGGCAUCCCAUGCCCUGAUUAAGCAGAAAUUAAGCAGUAAAUCUUAACCAAUAUUGUACGCAGGUAUGGGAAUUAAUUGUAGACAAGACUAAAUCCUCAUUAGGUGGUGGUUAUGUUGCAAAUCUAGUGAUCACUUUUGUAUUUUUUUAUUUGUAUUUCCCAAAACUCAGGAAGUAGAUGAGACCAUUAAAAUUGUUGAUGAGGAAGGUCACAAGCAAGUUACUGAAGAGGGAUUAAUAAUGCUGAGAAUGUUGGCUUUUUAUCCAUAAUGUUACUAUUACAGUAAUUAGCUAAUCAAAAAGCUGUCUAUAAUCUACUUGUGGUAAAUCCCAGAUAAGAUAAUACUCCUGGAUUAUGAUUCAUUUUCACUUCUCCCACUCCAAUGUUGAAUGUAUUACUAUAGGUUUAAUGGAAUAAAUAUCUGUUCAGUCUGUGUCCUGUAUAUUUGCCUUAGAUAUAACCAGACCUGGGUUCGAAUACUAUUUAUAAAGCGGGUACUUACACAUUUGUUUUGGGGUUUGAACUUUUUUUUAUUUUUUUUAUUGCUUCCAUGGCAACAAUGAUUUCAACUAGUAUUUGAACCCAGGUCUGGAUAUAACCUACAGUUGUAUGCUAGGCUGUGUAUCUGAGUGGUUGUGUUGCUUGUGUCCCGUCCCUGAAGACUUCUGACCACAGACCCCUCCCAGCUUCGAGAGGAUCUCCCUGGGGAACUUCAGUCUCUGUCUUGGCUCACAUCUGUAGACGUUCCCCGGCUGCAGCAGAUGGCCGAUGGUCAUGGUGGUGGCGGAGGAGACUUCAACGGGCCUUCCCAGGGGCAGGGGGGCAACCUGCUGGAACAGCAGACAGGUGAGACACACACACGCACACACAGACACACACACACCAAUUGGGGGAGGCUGCACCAUUUCAAAUCCACACACACGCUCUGAUUGGAUAGUUCAGGAGUGCUGCUGGGCUCUGAUGUUGAGGAGGACAAAUUGACCAAAGUUUUAUUACAGUUGGAAACAUAAAUGCCAACCUGGCUAAUGAGACUGGCAAGACCAAUAUAAUUAUUAAAGUACAGUAUAAGGGGAUACAGACCUGGGCCUAUGCUGAUACUUGAUAGGGCCAUGGGCCCUGUUUUAAUGCUUUACAAAUGCAUCCUUCCUUCUUAUCUUCCUUGAAGCCCAAUCAUAUAUCCGAAUGGUUGGAUUGUUGAAAGUAAUAGCGUGGUAGCCUUGCUCAGCCCUAUCCAAUCACUUGUGCUUACCUCGAGGAAGUGAGGAAGGAAGGAUGCAUUUCUAAAGUAUUGGAGAUUGGAGACUGACCUGGAUUUUGUACUGCUUCCUUCCUCACAGCUCAGCUGAACAACAUGACCAUGACAGGGGGACAGGGAGCCAUGAUCCACCUACAGAGCAACAUGCAGCACAGCCCCCUGGGAAUUAACGUCAUCACCGCCCACAGCGGAAAUGUAAGUUAUGCAUCCUGACAUUAAUUUAAAAAAAAUCAUUUAUCCAAACUGUUUUAUUAAUCAAUGUUUAUACUCCCAGCUAAAGUAAAUCAUAUAGUAAAUAUACUAAACUUGCCCUGGGUCUAUUCCACAGAUGUCUCCAUUCUCCAUGAAUGGGCAGCCCUCCCCGGGGUACCAAUGCCCUGCCUCUGUCUACCAACCUACAGCCCAACAAGUGUUCACUCUGACCCAGGCUAGCCAGCAGGUAACUACGUCAUCACUACAACUGGGCUGUGGAUACAGUUUGUGAAUUAGACAUUAAUUGUUACAUAUAAUUAUAUAGUAUUGUUAGAGUAUUUAGUGUUACUAUCCAGUUAUAAGAGCAAACAGUGUAUAACUAAAUGACAAUGUAACAACCUAUUAAUAUAGUAUUGUUACUAGAGUAAUUACAGCGUUACUACAUGGGUAUAAUGUAGUGUUAGAGAUUACUCUAUUCGUUUCCGGCCUACUGCUGAUUAAGGGUUUGAUGUUUAGAUGGCAUUAAUUAAAACAACAACAAAAAAAUUAUAAGGUGAAAAUAAUACACAAUACAAAUAUUCUAGAUUGUUCUCUCAUUUUCUCUCAGUGUUCUCCUGCUGGGCUCUAUAGCAAUGUCUCCUUCAACAACCAGAGCCUGUUCACACAGCCGCGCUUGGCUCCACAAAACCAGGACCUACAGCCCAAGUCUUUCCCCAAGCCCAUCUACUCCUACAGGUGAACUUACCCCUGGGCCAAGGGGCAUUACAGUAGUAUUGUAUUACCUGGGUCAUAUUCAUUAGGGCACACAACGGAAAAUGACAAGUUCAGGUAGUUCCCUGUUUCAGUCCAUUUUCUUCACUUUGGUGCCUAAUAAACAUGACCCUGGUCUAAUUAUCAACCGCAUGUAAUGCAUUUACUUCCUAGAUUUAUAACUAAACGGUAAUAUUGUCUUGCUACUAUGAUCCAUCCUCAGCUGUUUGAUUGCUAUGGCUCUGAAGAACAGCAAGACGGGCAGUCUCCCCGUCAGCGAGAUCUACAGCUUUAUGAAGGACCAUUUCCCCUACUUUAAGGUAAGACUUGAGCAGAUCCUCUAAGGGCUGGUUUCUCGGGCCCAGUUUAAGCCUAACCCUGGACUAAAAAGCAUGCUCAAUGAAGAAUCACAAUUGAAAAUGCUUUUUAGUCCAGGACUGGGUCCAGAAAACUGGCCUAAUAUUCAAUAGGGAUUGGGGAAGCAGAGAUAUUGCAUGGAAGUAAGCACUGUGUUUAGUGAGUCGUCUAAAGGUCUCCUUCCUCUCCUUGUGUUUGUUUUCCCUGAAGACAGCACCAGACGGAUGGAAGAACUCAGUCCGGCACAACCUGUCUCUAAACAAGUGCUUUGAGAAGGUGGAGAACAAGAUGAGCGGCUCCUCGCGUAAGGGCUGCCUCUGGGCCCUGAACCCGGCCAAGAUCGACAAGAUGGAGGAGGAGAUGCAAAAGUGGAAGCGCAAGGACCUGCCAGCCAUCCGUCGCAGCAUGGCCAACCCAGGUGAGACCACAGGGCUGACUGAGGCCUAUUCACACAUAACCUGGGUCCUGUUCAUUAGUCACAAAAGAAAAGAAAAGGGACUGAAACCGGGAGGAACAACCUGGACUCAUUUUCCUUUUCCUUUGCUAAAUGUUUUUAAAAAUCCUUUGUGUGCUCUAUUGAACACGGCCCAUCAAUGAAGGACACGACCCACCACCAAUGAAGAUGAUUAUUCCCCCAUGUCAAUGUGGCAACUGUCAUGGCUACAGUACAGUUGGCUAUGUUCCAAUCGACACUAACAUGCUACAUUUCUGUGGGCUGCGAUAAGCAGCAUCACAGAGAAAGAAUCUGCUAAGUUUGUUGUUUUAAAUGGACAGUCAUCAGUCUGUCAUCAGUUGCUAAACUUCACUGUUUUUCUCUCUCUGUCAGAUGAGUUGGACAAGCUGAUAACGGACCGGCCAGAGAGCUGCAGACGAAAGCCCAUGGACCCCGGGAUGACCCGUCUCCCCAGCUGUCUGUCCGGCCUAUCACUGCCUGUCCCGGGCCAGAUGCAGCCCCAGCCCGUGGUCACCCUGUCCCUGCAGUGCCUGCCCAUGCACCAGCACCACCAGCUUCAUGCCCAGCUCCAGGCCCAUGCCCAGGCCAGGCUGGCCCCGGUGUCCCCCGCCCAGACACCCCCACUCCACACCGUUCCUGACCUCUCACACAGCCCCCUCGCCACCGAGCAUCCCGGCAAGCAGCCUCAUGACUUCUACAGUCUCCAUGGUGACGUCAACGCAGAGGUGGACGCAUUGGACCCCAGCAUCAUGGACUUUGCUCUACAAGGUGGGUAACUAUUGUACCUAGUAACAACAUGAUAUACUGUUUUAACAAUCCGCAAACCAAUGUUACUUUGCAUGGCAGUUGGCCAUUUUCUUGUCUCUUAGAAGCAGUGAUGACCAGUGACGUGACAAAAUUAGUUUAUUCUGUCCUCAGGUAACCUGUGGGAGGAGAUGAAAGACGACAGCUUUAAUCUGGAGGCAUUGGGCACCUUCAGUAACUCUCCCCUGCGUUUGUCUGACUGUGACCUGGGCACUAUGACUGGCAGCCUCCCUCCUGUCUCCAGCGGAGGCAGCAUGCCCUUCUCAGACCUGCAGGCGACGGGCCUGUUCACCUCAUACGCCGCCCUGGAUGCCCUCUCCUCCCAGUACAUGGGCACACCAGGCAACAGCAAGCCCAUCACUGCCCUGCUUUAA